AUGCCAUUUUUCAGUAGCUUGGUACAACUGGAACGUAUUUGGUCGACAACAAUGGCUCUGUUCGCGAGACAAAUUCAAUCGCUUACAGCCGGAGGACUCCGCACGCAGCAAGUUCGUCUUGCAAGCAGCACUGAGGUGUCGUUCCACACGAAACCAUGCAAACUCCACAAACUUGACAGCGGACCGAAUACCUCCGUCACCUUGAAUAAGGAGGAUGCUCUCAAGUACUACCGUGACAUGCAGGUCAUUCGUCGUAUGGAAUCUGCUGCCGGAAACUUGUACAAAGAGAAGAAGAUUCGUGGAUUCUGUCAUUUGUACUCUGGACAAGAGGCUUGCGCCGUUGGAAUGAAAGCUGCUAUGACUGAAGGAGACGCUGUCAUCACUGCAUACCGUUGUCACGGAUGGACUUGGCUUCUCGGAGCAACAGUGACUGAAGUGCUCGCUGAGUUGACAGGAAGAAUUGCUGGAAACGUGCACGGAAAGGGAGGAUCCAUGCACAUGUACACCAAGAACUUCUACGGAGGAAACGGAAUUGUCGGAGCUCAACAACCACUCGGAGCUGGAGUUGCUUUGGCCAUGAAAUACCGUGAGCAAAAGAAUGUCUGUGUCACUUUGUACGGAGACGGUGCCGCCAAUCAAGGACAGCUUUUCGAAGCUACCAACAUGGCUAAACUCUGGGAUUUGCCAGUUCUGUUCGUCUGUGAAAACAACGGAUUUGGAAUGGGAACCCCUGUUGAGCGUGCUUCUGCUUCCACCGAGUAUUACACCAGAGGAGACUACGUUCCCGGAAUCUGGGUCGACGGAAUGGACAUUCUUGCUGUCCGCGAAGCCACCAAGUGGGCAAAGGAGUACUGUGACAGUGGCAAGGGACCACUUAUGAUGGAAAUGGCCACCUACAGAUACCACGGUCACUCUAUGUCUGAUCCAGGAACCAGCUACCGUUCUCGUGAAGAGAUUCAAGAGGUUCGUAAGACCAGAGAUCCAAUCACCGGAUUCAAGGAUCGCAUCAUCACCUCUUCAUUGGCUACCGAAGAAGAGCUCAAGGCUAUCGAUAAGGAAGUUCGUAAAGAAGUCGACGAGGCGCUCAAGAUUGCCACAUCCGAUGGAGUUCUCCCACCAGAGGCUCUUUACACUGACAUUUAUCACAAUACACCAGCUCAAACUAUCCGCGGAGCCACCAUUGACGAGACUAUCGUCCAGCCGUACAAAACUUCUGCCGACCUUCUCAAGGCUAUUGGAAGAGCAUAA